UGCCUUCAUUUAUUUAUAUACCGAAUUUGUCAACCAGCUUCAAUUGCCUCUCUCUCAGCUCUGUCCACCACAGUCGUGUGUUUUCUAUCAAAGAGAGAGAUCAAAGGCAAAGAAAACAGCGGCAACAAUGGAAGGUGUCUCUGCCAGCACGUACAAGAGUUUGAGAGGAUACUGGAAGAGGAGAGGCUACGAGAGGUUAAGUGGGUCGACUGGCCAGAGGCGGAGGACGCGAGCGGAGCAGCUGGGUUCCGCCCGGGGUAGAUCACGGUUCUGGCGGAUCAAGAUCACGCCCAAGCUCCGAAUCCUGAGAGUACCUUCCCCCAAGAGCUUCUUCGUGCGUCUUCGAGACUGGUACGUCGACCUUAUGCUCAGAUUCGCCAACUCGCCACUGUGCAGUGCCGGCGCCGGGUACGGCGGGGCCGUUUCGUGGGAUAGGAUCGGUGGACUCCCGGGACGCUCACUCAAGGAGUACGACGAGAAGGUGAUCGUCCAGAUAUACAAAUCCAUGGUUAUGGCGCAGGGCCAUCUGGUGCCUCGCGAUGCUGCAAAACUUUGCUCGCAGCGGUAAUUUUAUUGUAUUUUUCGUCCUUAAAUUAUGAAUAAUCAGAUUGUAAUUGUUGGUCGCAAAAAACUCAUUUUUGUUAGUAAUUUUUGUGUUUUAGUGAAGUUUAUAUAUAUUGACAAGUAGUAGUAGUGAUCGAUCA